AGAAGAAGAAGCCCCGCGCAAUACAAGUCACUAGUCAACACCAGGGAAAGCAUUAGCCCUCCGAAAACAUGUUUCUGUCACUGUAACAUACGAUUCAGACCACGUCACUAUGUUGAUAAACCCAGAUCAGGAGGCCCGGAUUGGCCAGGUGUUUGAGACCUAUCUGACAGAGCAUCAUCAUGAGGACAUUCUCCUUCUUAUUGCAGAUACUAAUGAGGAGACCCAUCACCCUGUUGUGGUUAAUGCCAUGAGCUUGUUUGAAGCAAAUAUGGAGGUUGGGGACUAUUUCAACGCCUAUCCCAAUGAGGUUUUGGCUAUAUUUGAUAAAGUGUUACUCAGAACAGCGCUGGCAUUAUCAGAGAGUACCUCUCCAAGUCAACAACGAGGACCAAAAGAGAGAAUGAGACAAACUCUUCAUGCCCGCAUCACAGGUCUUCCAGUGUGUCCAGAGUUGACCAGAGACACCAUUCCCAGGUCCAGAGAUGUAGGACACUUUCUGUCUGUCACUGGCACUGUCAUACGCACCAGUGUUGCCAAGGUCCUGGAAUACGAGCGCGAUUACAUGUGUGCAAAGUGUCGCCAUGUCUUCGCGGUGCAGGCUGAUUUUGACCAGUUCUAUACCUUCGUCCCACCGGGGGCCUGUCCUAAUCCUGAUGGCUGUAAUUCUUUCAAAUUCAGCUUGUUGUCUGGAGGAGCUGAGCCUGCUGCCUGCAGGGACUUCCAGGAGAUCAAAAUACAAGAGCAAGUGCAGAGGCUGUCUGUGGGCAGUAUUCCCCGUUCUAUGGUGGUGGUUCUGGAAGAUGAUCUUGUUGACAGUUGUAAAUCUGGAGACGAUGUGACUGUCUAUGGGGUGAUGUGUCAGCGCUGGAAGCCUUUUUCUGAUGGCACCUGCUGUGAUGUGGAGCUGGUCCUCAAAGCGAACAACAUAGAAGUGAACAACCAGCAGGCUGCCACUGCUCUUCUCAUGAAGGAUGUUCAGAAAGAGUUUGAAGACUUCUGGAAUAGCUACAAACACGAUCCCAUAGCUGGUAGGAACCAGAUCCUGUCGAGCCUGUGCCCACAGGUAUUUGGCAUGUAUGUGAUUAAACUGGCGGUGGCCAUGGUGUUGGCUGGCGGGGUGCAGAGAAUAGAUUCUUCUGGGACCAAGAUCAGAGGCGAGUGUCAUUUGUUGCUGGUCGGUGACCCUGGCACAGGGAAGUCUCAGUUCCUGAAGUAUGCAGCUAAGAUCAUGCCUCGCUCUGUACUCACGGCUGGAAUUGGGUCAACAAGUGCAGGACUGACCGUAGCAGCUGUGAAAGAUGGAGGUGACUGGCAUCUGGAGGCAGGAGCCCUGGUCCUAUCAGAUGGCGGUUUGUGCUGCAUUGAUGAAUUUAACAGCAUCAAGGAACAUGACCGCAUCAGCAUCCACGAGGCUAUGGAACAACAGUCUAUCAGUGUGGCCAAAGCUGGUAUGGUGUGUAAGCUGAACACUCGGACCAGCAUCCUGGCAGCUACCAACCCUAAAGGCCAGUACGACCCCAGCGAGCCUCUGUCAGUGAACGUGGCUCUGGCCAGCCCUCUGCUCAGCCGCUUUGACCUGGUUCUUGUGCUCCUGGACACCAAAAAUCCAGAGUGGGACCGCAUCAUCUCUUCUUUUAUUCUGGAGGACAGAGGACUGCCUGCUGAGUCGGCAGGUCUGUGGUCCAUGGAGAAGAUUAAGGCUUAUUUCAGCAUAAUUAAGCGCCUGCAGCCGCAGCUGUCUGAGGAGGCUAACAGCAUCUUGACACGUUACUACCAGCUGCAGAGGCAGAGUGACGGUCGCAACGCGGCUCGCACCACCAUCCGCAUGCUGGAGAGUCUCAGCCGACUGGCUGAAGCACACGCCAGGCUCAUGUUCAGAGAGACGGUGACCAUAGAGGACGCUGUCAUGGCUGUUUCUGUCAUGGAGUGCUCCAUGCAGGGCGGUGCUCUGCUGGGAAAUGUUAAUGCCUUACUCACCUCAUUCCCUGCUGAGCCUGAUCAGGAGUACACCACUCAGUGUCAGAUACUGCUGGAAGGACUGAAUCUGCCACUGCUCCUUCAGAAGGAGAUGGUCCGGCAGGCCAGGCUGAAGAGCAACACCUCAGAGGCUUCCCAGCUUGAUCUGCCCACUGAAAACCACUCGCAUCAACUCAGAGACUCAAACUCCAUCAACAGAACCCACGGCCCUGACAUCAACCAUCACUGUAAGGCUGAUGGCACGGUGGAGAGUAGCUUGGACUGGUUCCACUCCAUCACUCCAUCACUGUCACCAGAUGCUAUGGCCUCAUCCAUAAUUACAUCAACUCAAGAAAACCUGAAUAGAAAACCCAACUCCAGUUGGUCAGAAAUAUCUACAGUAACCAAAGAGCCAGACUGUCAAACUACCACCGGAUCAUCCGUAAACCAUCAUGUUCUUUCAAGUCCUUUUGAAUCGAUAACCUCUGCUGCAGAGGAAGAAAACAAAAUAGGUGAGGAAAAUGAAAAGAUUAAAGAAAAAUGCGUUAUAAACCAAAAGGAGAUUAAGCAACCUGAGAGACAGAAAGAUACAACACACCCAGAGUCACUGGGGUGUGUGGUUCAGAAAGUCUCUAAGAAUGUGAGAGACAGAAGACGGGAACGGGGGCUGUGUGCCGAGGAGGGAGGAGGAGAACAGAGAGAGAGGGAGGUGUCUGGAGAUACUGUAAGUAAUAUUUUAGAUAUGACUUCAGAUGCCCACACCAGCAGCACACUGUCAUCAGGUAAAAAACGCCCCUCAAAUAACCGAGGUAAGUAUAACCUGUCCUCUGUCCAAGAAAGUAGAGUUGAAAAGGAAGACAAGAGGGACCAGACAAGGACAAAGGACAUCAGUACUGUGCUAAAGGAAAAGAUGGCAGCUGAAGCUAAAGCAGGUGAAGAAUUGCAUGCAAAGUUGUCAGGCUUCAUAUUCAACCCAAAGCGGAUGAGACCUUUAGUCCACAACCAAAACCUUAAUGCCAGCUCAGAUGUCAGUGCAGAGUUCCAAACUUAUGGUAACCCAGGCAGCAGAGAUCCUCAAAAUGACACAGAAAGCAGGGAAAAUACACAGAAGCUAGUUAGUCAUGAUGACUCAGACAGCCCACACACAGACACAAAGAAAAGACAGAACCAGCCCAAAAAUCCUUCGGAAAGCAUAAGCGAGAGAAAUCAUGUUAGCUGCAUAAGUGAGAUGGAAGAGAUCAAUUCUCAAUCCAGUAUUUGCUUUACAGCAAAAAAGCUGGAAAAGACUAACAAAUGGGCUAAUGGCAAAACUGUGGGUAGAAUUAAGGGAAGUGAUGCUACAGAAAAUCUGUGUCAAGAGCGAAGUGACCGCUUCAACACUGGUGAUCUGACAGAAGAAGCUUUCUUUUCCUGCGCCCCACCUUUAAAACCAAACACUGACAUCAAAGAUCCAGCACCCAUCAAGUCCACUGUGGCCCUAUCAACCCUAAAUAAACUCUCAAGAUUCUCAUUCACCUGUACAACUGAACCCACGACUCCAGCUCAAACCAACCUGGAAACAAAUCCUCCUCCUGGACUGGAAACAAGUCCACUUCAAAGACGUGAUGCUGAAUGCUCAAGAGCAAAUCCUCAAGACAACAACACUCUAAAUCCCACCAAACACAGUCCCUUAGAAAGGAAGAUAAAAAGUGCAGUCCCUGUGGGCAUGGUAAAGGAUACACUCCCCCCCACAGCAACAGGACAGGAGCAUAAACAAGGAACGGAGUCGCCAAAUGAAACAAUGUCCAAGUGCAAAGCAAAGCAGACAGAGCCUUCUCAUGCUGCCAACCAUAGUAACAGUAUGAAACUGGUACCUGAUGCUCCUGUUGACUAUCAAAGCACCGCCAAUCUUAAGAAGAGGAAGUGCUUCGAGCUGGGCCCUCCAAGAAGCAGGGGUCCGUUCUCCAGCUCCUCUCUGUUUUGCUCUGUUGAGUUAAGUAAUGAUGUUUUUGACACUGACUGGGAUCAAGAGAUUUCAAAGAAAACCAAAAUUUGAAAUCAUAGGCUACCAUUACAAUGUGUAUGUGGAUUAAAACAACCAAUAAUGCAAUGUUGUUUUGUUGUGGGACACAUGUAUUGAACUGUUUGCCUGAUGUAUGAUUCAGUUACUUCCUGUAGUCAAAAAUAAACCUGUUAUAUUGUUUAAGAA